AUGGAAAGUACGCGUAAUAAUGUUAACGGUGGUCGUAACCAAACGAAAAGAAUUGCAUUUCUUGGUAUCUCUUCCAUUCUUGUUGUUGCAGUGAUUGGCAUGGUUGCGGUCGGUUUAACACGCAGCGGCGGCUCUGUAGAACAAAAUGGAAAAAUCUUUACCACACAAAGAGAUGUUGAAAUGUUUUGUAAAUUAAACCCAGAUUGUAGAACGAAACACGGUGGAGCAUUUGGAAAAAUAAGAGACGUAAAAGAUCGGAUAAAAGGUGUGUUCGGUGAAGGGAUAGGAGAGUUAAUGAAAAACAUAAACAAUCCAGCUCUUUCUAAUGAAUUGGUAAAAGACAAGUUGACGAGACAAGCCAUGCGAAUUUGCGAUGAAGUGUUGGGUAAUGCUGUUGAUAAGUUUAACAAAUCUGAUGGUACAUUCCAUAGAUUUGAAUUCAAUAGGUUGGGUGACUUUGUUUUUGAUCUUCAAGUUUGGAUGACUGCUACGCUUUCAGAUCAACUAACAUGUUUGGAUGCUUUUGAGAAAGCAGACACAAAAGCUAGUCAAAGAAUGGCUCAGGUUUUGAGCACUUCUAUGAGAUUAAGCAAUAAUGCUAUUGACAUGCUUAGUUCUGUUUCUGGAUUACUUCAGGAUUCCGGACAUGUUCCAAGGGGUCUUAACAGGAGGCUUUUACCUCAUGAAUCGGAAAAAGUUGUUGAUGGUUUUCCUACAUGGGUUAGCGAGGGACAAAGACGGCUUCUUGCUGAUCAAAGUGUUAAGCCAGAUGCUGUUGUGGCACAAGAUGGUAGUGGAAACUUUAAAACUGUUGCCGAAGCUCUUAAGACUGUUCCGGCAAAUAAUCUGAAACCUUUUGUCAUUUAUGUUAAGGCUGGUGUUUAUAAAGAGUUUGUUAAUAUUCCUCUGAACAUGAAUUAUGUUACCAUGAUCGGUGAUGGUCCUACAAAAACCAGAUUCACAGGUAGCCUCAAUUUCGUUGAUGGCGUCCUAACUUACGACAGUGCAACCUUCGCUGUGAAUGGUGAAAACUUCGUGGCAAAGGAUUUAGGCAUUGAAAACACAGCAGGACCGACUAAAGGGCAAGCUGUGGCACUGAGAGUUUCAGGAGACAUGGCAGUACUCUACAACUGUCAAUUAGAUGGUUACCAAGACACACUCUACGCCCAAUCCCUACGGCAAUACUAUCGUGAUUGUAGCAUCUCUGGUACAAUCGACUUCAUCUUCGGCGACCCCUUUGGAGUUUUCCAAAACUGCAAAAUUGUAGCUAGAAAACCAGCAAAAGGCCAAGCUUGUUUAGUAACAGCUGGUGGAAGAGCCUCAGUGAACGCCCAAAGUGCACUUGUUUUCCAAAGUUGUCACUUCUCAGGUGAACCUGAAUUAGCAACGGUGUCACCGAAAAUAUCUUACCUAGGAAGACCAUGGAAACCAUACUCCAAAGUUGUGAUAAUGGAUUCAGUCAUAGAUGACAUCUUUCUCCCUGUAGGUUACGAAGCAUGGCCGGGAAAUGUAUUUACCGACACCUGCACUUAUUUCGAGUAUAACAAUAAAGGUCCUGGUGCUGAUACGAAAGCAAGAGUGAAAUGGCCUCAUGUUAAAACUUUAACUGCUGAUGAGGCUGCUGCUUUUUACCCUGGAAAAUUUCUUCAAGUUUCUGGUACACCUUGGAUGACGAAUUCUGGGGUACCUUGUUCCCUUGGUCCUAUGAGUGGUGGUUCCGCUUCUGAAGCCACGCCUUCUACUCCUUCUGCAGCUUCUGCGCCUUCUACUCCUUCUGCAGCUUCUGCGCCUUCUACGUCUUCUACACCCUAA